GUCUUGAAAAAUUCAACUCUAGAAACUUGCAAACUAUUGCUGGAUGCCAUUUCAAGUUCAAAAGGUUAUCAAGGAUGCCCAUGAGGACGGCAUCUGGACAAUUGCAUGCAGUCGCAGAGGAAACAAAUUUGUAACUGGUUCAGUAGAUGAUACAGUUAAAGUCUGGAACGCCGAGUCAAUGUCUUUGAUGCAUACAUUGGAAGGACACCAACUUGGCGUGAAUUCAGUCGACAUCUCACCCAGCGGAGCAUAUGCUGUAUCAACAUCGCUGGACAGCCAGAUCCGCAUUUGGGAUCUCGUAUCUCACUCGUUAGUCAAAUCAAUCGAGGCUGGUCCAGUCAAGGCAUGGUCAGUCGCAUUUUCACCAGAUGGUCGACAGAUCUCAACUGGAACUCACAAUGGAAACAUUAAUUGCUGGACAGUGGAAACGGGUGAAAAGGAUCGAACUCUAGAAACUCGUGGAAAGUUUGUCAUGUCGCUUGCAUAUAGUCCCAAUGGAAUUCUACUUGCAAGUGGAGCAGAGAACGGAUCCAUUCAUAUCUUUGAUGUUCCAACAGGAAAACUUCUUCAUUCACUACCAGGACACUCAAUGGCUAUCCGAUCCAUGACAUUUUCAACCGAUUCACAAUUGCUCAUCACCGCAUCGGAUGAUCGACGAAUCAACAUUUAUGAUGUACAUCACGCCAACUGUCUAUCAACAUUAUCAGGUCACCAAUCGUGGGUACUUUCAGUUGCUGUCUCACCCAAUACAACUCACUUUGCGUCUGGAUCAAGUGAUAAACGUGUCAAGGUCUGGGAUAUCAAUUCUCGUCAGUGUGUGCAUACUUUUGAUGCACACACUGACCAAGUUUGGGGCGUGGCUUAUAACGAAGACGGAUCAAGACUUGUGAGCGUUUCUGACGAUCGAAGUAUUAUUGUUUAUAAUGUAUUUGGUGUCUGAAACGUCGGAAUAUAAAUCGAGAAUAAACCAGGUGUUUACAAAUGCUAAU